AACCCCCCACAAUUUAUACAGCUUGACUACAUUUCCCAAUUCCACCCAUUCUCAAACUCGAUUACGCUCUGAUGAAUCCUUCAACCAAUCAAUUAGGGUUUUGAUUCUCUAAAUCAGUUGCUGAUCAUCAUAUGUGCAGAACAAAAAUGGCGGUGGACGCAGCUGAUCCCAAUAUAACAAGGAGGAGGAGCUCAAGAAGGACGCAAACAACCACGCCGGAAACUCCGACUCGAUCAUCGAGUAAAUCUGAAACACGUCUUCAUCCAUCAACGAGUAAUGUUACAAGCAGUAGUUACAGCUACGGAGGUGGCACCAGUUCAAGUUACAGACUCGGCAGCUCAAUUGCAACCGCAGAAGCUUCCGUUUCCUCCAGAACAUCGCUUUCCAGCCUCCGUAAUUCCUUGCCGGAAAACACUCACAUCUACGAUUUCUCGGAGAUUCGUUCCGCUACCAAUAACUUUCUAGCAAAACGGUUUUCUUCUUCGUCUUCGUCGCCGUCGUGGCGGUGUUCUCUUCGCGGCAAGGAAGUGGUUGUUUUUCAACGGAAGUUUCGCCGUUCGAUACAGGAAUCAGAAUUGCGAGAGAAGUUAUCUGUUAUUUACAGAAGCCAUCACAUGAGCAUAAUUAAGCUGCUUGGAGCGUCGAUUUCAGGUGAUUAUAUUUACCUGGCUUACGAUUUCAUGCCCGGCGGCAACCUCGCGGAUUGUUUGCGUAAUAAGAGAAAUCCUGAGUUUACGGUGUUGUCGACAUGGAUGUCACGGAUGCAAAUCGCGACGGAUUUAUCCUCUGGUUUGGAUUAUAUUCACAAUAAUGCCGGUUUGAAAAUCAAUUUAGUUCAUAAAUAUGUAAAGUCGAGUAGCGUAAUUGUCACUGAGCCAUCGUUCAACGCUAAGAUCUGUCACUUUGGCACGGCGGAGUUGUGCGGAGAGACGGUGGUCGAGCCAAAAAUCGUAAAAGAUGACAAAAGAAGCGGCGAGAUCCAAGAGGUUGUUUCGCCGGAAUCUUCGCCGCCGACGAAUUUAACGAGAUCUAACAGUCGAGCUUUGCAAUUUGAAGGAAUUAAAGGAUACAUGGCGCCGGAGUUUCGUGGUCUCGCAACACAGAAAUCCGACAUAUACGCAUUCGGCGUUGUGAUUUUGGAGUUGUUAUCAGGUGAAGAACCGGUGAAGUAUAAGUUCGAUAAGGAGAAAGGGAACCACGUUAAGACUUCGAUUGUGGAUACCGCAAAAUUUGCGGUGGAAGGCGACGGCGGAGAUGAGUCGGAAGUUGAAUGGAGACUCAGACGGUGGGUUGAUAGGCGGCUGAAGGAUUCGUUUCCGGUGACGGUGGUUGAGAAGUUGACCCGAAUAGCGUUGGAUUGUGUGGAUGAGGAUCCGAAUAAACGGCCUAACAUGAGCCGCGUGGCGGGUAAAAUCUCAAAAUUGUAUUUGGAUUCGAGAAAAUGGGCGGAUACUAUUCAGGUUCCCACCGAUUUUACAUCUUCAUUUGCCCCAAGGUGAUUCGUGCAGUUUAAUUAGGUUUUAUAAGUUCAAUUUAAUUGGAUGCUAUACAAGGUUCUAAAUGGUGUGAGGCGUGGCGUGGCGGCAAGGUCAAACCUCAAACUUAACGAGCCAUGGCGUUUUUCAAGACGUGAUGUAAGGCGACGAUUUUGUAUUAAUUUAAAAUUAUAUUACCACAUAAAUAUAAAUUUAUAUUAAAUAUAACUACUUUUUAGAAGUGUUAGAUCAAUAACUAAUAACAAAAAGUUAACAAAAACCACAAUACUUGUAUCUCCGAUUUGAAAAGACAUAAUAAAUAGCAAAAAACUGUGUCUCAAACGAAAAAACACGCGCAAUAACACGUCAUAACGCGCCAUGGCGCGCCAUAUCACGCCUAACAGCAAUGUUAUCAAGCUUUUCGUAACGGCGAAGCCACGCCUCAUGUCAUGGCGCGCCUUGACGCGCGCCAUGGCACGCCUUUUAGAACAUUGAUGCUAUAUCUAUAAAGUAAUCAUAAUAUGCUCAUUUAAAUCGGUUUUUGGUUAUUCGAUUUCAUGUUAUUUUGUUUGUUUGGUUAAUGGAUAGACUAAAUUCAUUUAUAAUUCUAGAAAUUUAGAAUUUUCCUUUGAUAUGCAUCAACUGUAACAUUAACUUAGUAUUAAAAACACAUCUCUAACAUUAUAAAUUUUUUGUUGAUUUUUUUUCAACGACAAGAUUUUAUUGAGAAAUAUGCAUGAUGCUAGAAAAAAUUACAAAUAAUUUAAAAUUACAUAUAAAUUUUUUAACCAAUCAACCUAUCGAAUAUGCUUCCAAGGAAAUAAAUAAAAAUAGAAUAUAAUAUUGUUGUAAAGGACAUCAUUCAUCGGCUUUUUAAUAUGAAACACAUUUGUAUUGGACGUGUUCGGCAAAACUAACUGGUAGCGAGUAGUUUGUAGCUAGUAACGGGGUAACUUGUAGUUUGUCGUUUUGUUAAGCAUUAUGUGAAGUAGGUUUUGGAUUUGGAGCAUUUUAUUUAAACUAAACACUAGAAGCUUGUAGUGCCAAACAAGGUCUCCUGUUCAAAACGAAACAUUUUGUCAAACGGUAAAAGCUAGAAGCUCUCAAACAAUUUCAAACAUUUUGUGCCAAACACGUCUUAUAUGUUUUAACAUUUGACAACUUGCAAAUUAGACUAUUUCAAAGUAAAUUUUAUAUCUAUAAAAAUAUUAAUCUAACUAUUUAUUCGGUUUAGUAGAAAUAUUUAGAAAUUAAUCAAAUCAUUUUCAUUCAUUUAACCAAACAAAUAACUCAAAUUAAGAAAAUAUAUAUUUAUAAAAAAAGGUUAAUUUCAUGAAUAACCCGAAUCAUAUAAAACCUAAAUCUGAGUUAUUCGGUUUUUGUCAUGUUCUUUUCUUCUUUGAAUAUAUCGGAAAAAAGUUUUAAAAGUAAAAGGGAAAAUGAAUUGUAAGGGUAACAAAGUAUUAGAGUUGUACAAAAAAAUAUCAUUGAACUUUUUUUUGUACACAUAUCACCAAUCAACUAUAACUUUUGUACACAUAUGACCAUUAAACUUCACCUUUGUUCAAAAAAUACCAUUAUAUUACCGAUAAUAAUAAGUCAUUAGCCACGUAGCAUGCCACGUGGCUGCUAACGUGGAUUUUACUGUUUAUUAUGUACACAUUAUACCAUUAAACUAUUUUUUGUACACAUUAUACCAUUAAACUUUUUUUUGUACACAUUUUACCAUUAAACUUUUUUUUGUACACAUUUUACCAUUAAUGUUAUAUAAUUUAUUGAAAAAAAAUAUCAUUUCAAAAAAAUAGAUAUCAUUACAUAAAAGUAGGUUUCCCAUCACCUGAUGUGGAUUUUACUGAUUUUCUAAAUUUUAGUAAACUUAUCAUUAUAAGUCAUUUACCUAUCGGUAAACAACGACAGAAUUUCAAUGCACUUUUUUAAUCAUCAACCAUAAUCAAGAAGAGGGAGAUUAUAAUAAGGUAACAUGUACAAAAUGUUUCAUGAUUUUAUAAAUGUGCCUCAAACGUAGUUUCCUAAGAAGAUGACUUAUAAGAAUAUGUUUACUAGACAUUAGCUAAAAUAAUGAACAAUUGAGUAUUUCUUCGCCGCUCCAGAUAAAAGUCUCAAGUUCAAACCUUGUGGGUUUCAAUUGAUGUAUGACCAACAUAAAUUCACAAUGUAGUUGUAAAAGAAAGUCCUUAGUAUCAUUGUAAAAAACAAACCGUUUCCCUCAAACCUUACAAAAUCAGGGAGUCACAAUAGGUGAUGGAAAAACCAUUUUAUGUAAAAUAUGUAUUUUUUGAAAUGAUAUUUUUUGAAUAAAUUAUAUAAGAUUAAUGGUAAAAUGUGUACAAAAAGUUUAAUGGUAAAAUGUACACAAAAAAAAGUUUAAUAGUAUAAUAUAUACAAAAAAUAGUUUAAUGGUAUAAUGUGUACAUAAUAUACAAUAAAAUCCACGUCAGCAGCCACAUGGCAUCAGCCACUUGGCAUGCCACGUGACAUGUUACGUGGCUGGUGACCUAUUAUUACCGGUAACAUAAUGAUAUUUUUUGAACAAAGGUGAAGCUUAAUGGUCAUAUGUGUACAAAAGCUAUAGUUGAUUGGUGAUAUGUAUACAAAAAAAAGUUCAAUGGUAUUUUUUGUACAAGUCUAAUACUUCGUUACCCUUACAAGUCAUUUUUCCAAAAUAAAAUUGAUUAUUGGUAUCGUUAAAAAAAAUAUCUUUAUAAAAAAGGUUAAUUUCAUGAAUGGGUAAGACUUAGAAACUUUUUUUUUUCACGAAACACCAUUAUUUAAAAAAAAAAAUACUAUCAGAAGAUAAGCAAACUUAAACUUUGUGUUCAUAAAAUACAAUUAUUUUAAUGGUAUUUUAUGAACGAAAACAUUAAACAAAUAGUUUGUUACAUAUUUAUGGUUUUUUAGAACAAUGGUGUUUAUAUAAAAACAAAAUAGUCUGUUACCAACUAUAACUAAAAAAAAACAUAACUCUUGAUGCUAAAAUAUAAUGUAUUCGUUGAAUUAUAAUUUUUUUUUUUGAAAAAACAUUAUCGAUUCAUUGCAAAAACCAUGAGUAACAUAUUAAAGGGGUGUUUGGAUUAGCUUAUUACUUAUUGCUUAUUAGCUUAUUUAUGGUGGGAAUAAGCAAUAAGCAAUAAACAUUGGGAGAGAUACUUAUUAAAAUUAGCUUAUUUAGCUUAAUAAGUUGAAUUUUAUCCAAACACUCAAUGUUAGCUUAUUGUAGAAAUAAGCAAUAAGUACCUCUUUUUUUUCCUAUCCAAACACCCCCUAAGACUAUAGACCUGAAUAUGAUGUAUCUAUUUCAUGCUGACCAAUGCACCCGUAACACAUUUUCUUUAAAAAAUAUUUCUUCCUCGUUAUUGGAUGCAUGUCUCCUAUUAGAUAAAAGUCUGAAACAAAUUUCAAAGAACGAGUGAAUUUAAAAGAAACCCAAAACUUACGUCGAUAUAUUCUAAACAUAAAAGUUGUUCCAUCUCGUUUUUUUAGAACGAUAGUCCAAAACUAAAGUUUGUGGGAUUUGAACCAAACACAAGUUGUGUCUCCUAGUAUUUUUUUUUUUUUGAACGACUAAAUUAUAAAACAAAAUAAAACAAAAACAACCUAACAAGGAGCUAGAAAAAACAAUUACAAAGAGUUAUGAAACAUUGAGUUUUGUAACCACAACGUCCAAGAUAUGGUACUACUACUACAUCUAUGAGAAAACCACUACGAAUGUAAAAAAAUGUUAUAAAAAAUGGAGCUUCUCUUCAACUUAAUGUCUUGGAACACAACUACAUUUCGAAACAUCCAAAUCGUUGUAAGAACAAUGACCUCCACCGCCUUCUUCUUUGACUGCAACACGUAUUCGAAUCCACCCAACUGCAAAGCUCAUCAACAUUAUUGAACAAAGGAAAAGGUAAAUCAAGCCACUUGAACACUCUUCUCCAAACAUUCUUGACAACUUCACAGUAAACAAACACAUGAUGGGAAUCCUCCACAUGUAAGUCACAUGAAGGACAAAGAAUUGAAGGAAUAUCAACAUUUCUCGCCACCAAGUUUACCAAGGUAAGAAUCAUAUUCAACAACACCCGCCAUAAGAGGAUAUUUACUUUUAAAUGGACUAAACGACACCAACGAGUGACACCUCCACCAUCAUUCAACAAAAUAUUAUCAAUAUUGUAUCGCAUGGAAUUAACCACAUAAGUAUCAUCCGGGCCUAAUUCCCACUCCCAUCUAUCGGACACCUGAGACAAACAAGACAGAAGAUACGAGAAUCGCCUAGUAUCUAGUCAUAGUGGGUGUUUGAGAUUUUGUUUAAAAAUAACUUAUUGAUUUUUUGAUUUUUUGAAAAACCAAUAAGUUAAAAGAAGUGUUUGACAAAGUGAAAAAUACUUUUGAAAUAAUUUUUUAUCAAACUUUCAAAAAAGAGAUUUUAAUGAGUUAUGAUUUCUAACUUUUCAAGAUCUUUUUAUAACCUUUUGGGUUGUAAAACCUUAAAUACCCCUUAUGGAGGAUGGAGUAGGGAACAGGAUGGAGAUCGGGUUAGGUUGGUACCGGCGGUACCGCUAAGGUGUGGUACCGUCACCGGUUAGAGCAGCAGGUUAGACAAUUUAGUGCUCUGCAACGGGUUAUUUAAUAUGUGACCUCUUGUUCAAUGCAUGAAGAACUGUUGCUUUCUUUUGCUUUUAAAGAUAAUCUUUACAGAAAGAUACAAGGGAGAUGAAAGAAAUGGGUGGGUGAAGAUCGAUUGAAAUUUAGGGUUUGAUUUUGAUGAUUUGAAGGAGGUAAAGAAAGAAAAAAAAAACCCUAGCUCGUUGCGUCGAAGAAGAUAGACGCCUCUGUCUUUGAAAUCCUAUAAUCAUUUUGUUUUUUCACUAUGUGUGUUUGAUUUAAUUUUGGAUGAAAAGUGUCCUCAAUGCUUUUGGGGGAGAUUUACAACUGUUUUUUAAGAUAAAUUUAUUUAGUUGGACUUGUGUUUUUGUGAAUGAUUAUCUCAAUUGUUUAUAAAAUACAUAAUUAAUUUGAUAAAUAGUUAAAUAAUCAAUUUUGUGUAAUUAAUUUUGUAUGGAUUAUUUUAUCGAAUAAUUAGUUUGACAACAACCAAUUUGUUUGUCAAAUUAAUUUAGAUUUUUUUGUCUUAAAUUAGCAAAAGUUUAUUUUUAAAGAAAAA